CCGCCAUCUUCAUCGCUGUUCCCCUCCAUCCUGUCAAAGUUGGCUUUGGAAGUUCUCGGCUCCUCGGAUCGCAUAAAUAUCACCUUACUGUCCGAUAGCUUCCACUCUCCCCAGAUCUAACCAUGGCGCAAGCACCCGUGGCCGUCGUCUGCGUCGGCAUGGCAGGUUCUGGAAAGACGACCUUCAUGCAGAGAAUCAACUCCCAUCUCCAUUCCAAGAAGACGGUCCCCUACGUACUCAACCUCGACCCCGCCGUCUACUCCGUUCCCUUCGAGAGCAACAUUGACAUCCGCGACUCGAUCAACUACAGAGAGGUCAUGAAGCAAUACAACCUCGGCCCCAACGGCGGUAUCUUGACCUCCCUCAACCUGUUUGCCACGAAAGUCGACCAGAUCAUCUCCCUGCUGGAGAAGCGCACCGCCCCGAACCCGGAGACCCCCUCCGCCAAGCCCAUCGAGCACAUCCUCGUCGACACCCCCGGACAGAUCGAGGUCUUCGUGUGGAGCGCGUCUGGAAGCAUUCUCCUCGAAACCCUGGCCUCCUCGUUCCCUACCGUUAUCGCCUAUGUCAUUGAUACCCCCCGUACCAGCUCCACGAGCACCUUCAUGAGCAACAUGCUCUACGCCUGCAGUAUCCUGUACAAGACUAAGCUGCCGAUGAUCCUCGUCUUCAACAAGACUGAUGUACAGGAUGCCGAGUUUGCCAAGGAAUGGAUGUCCGAUUUCGAUGCGUUCCAGCAGGCGCUACGGGAAGAAGAGGAGUCGGGUGCUUUUGGCACGGAAGGCGGAGCAGGUGGCUUUGGUGCCGGAAGCGGAUACAUGGGCUCGCUUCUGAACAGCAUGAGCUUGAUGCUCGAGGAGUUCUACCGCCAUCUGAACGUUGUCGGAGUGAGCUCCAUGACGGGUGAUGGUAUUGAUGAAUUCUUUGCGGCCGUGGAGGAGAAGCGCCAAGAGUUUGAGCGCGACUACAAGCCCGAACUGGAGCGCAAGAAGAAGGAGCGCGAAGAGACCAAGGCGGCGCAACGGGAGCUGGAGCUGGGCAAACUGAUGAAGGAUAUGAGCGUUUCGGGCUCUAGCCGAGGCAAGCGCAAGGACACCGAAGCCGAGACUGUCAGCGAGGCCGAAGAAGAGGAAGAUGCUGCACAGAGAGAUGAUGAUGACGACGAUUCCGAUGAUGAUGGAUACAGUGCUGUUCCCCCAGCUGGUGACAGCGAAGGGCUCACGCAGCGGUAUAAGGAUGCGCUGGAAGGUCAGAGCGGCACUCCUUCCGAUGCGGACAACAGUUUCGCGCGGUAUUUGCGCGCGAGCAGCAUCAACCAGUGAGGUUGGGCUUAGGAUAUAUGCAUUUGAUCUACUUCAUAUCGGUGUUUACGAAGGCGUUGAUAUCUGGUCCUUAUUGAUCGAUUCAUG